AUGGGUCGCCUACUGGUCUCACCACGACACGGUGCUCCGUCAACACCGAUUCUUGCCGCCGCCGCCUUUCUCACUCUUACCAUCGUCUACUUUCUCCGCUUCAACGAUCACAUAACAACCUUCACGUCGACGACUUCAAAGACGUCCGGUCUCAACCUCGACGCCAUCAACACAACCGCCCAGUACUUCAUCGACUACCCCCUUGGCCCCCCUUACAAGAAUGUCUUUGGCGAGCUCGGCGAACGGACGAAGGUGCUGCGGUCGUGGAUCGAAGCUCUUGAGGAGAAGAAGGGCGGCGAGGGGUUGCGUGUUGUGGGGGCUGAGAGGCAGUUCCUCGACGCGACGAUCGAACGAGUCGGCGCAUCCCUGUUCCCUUACUUACAGUCCCCGCCAAGGAACGCCCACAGCCAAUCGCCGUUGGCUGAUCUCAGGCGAAGCUUUCGAGGUGCUGGCACCCCUGCGCGGAAUCCGGCACAGCAGCAGCGCGUUGAGAGCGGCGGCGAGAAAGCCACAAUAGACUACACGCGCCGAAAUGCCGGCAUCGUCAUUCCAACAGGGCGCAGCACCUUGCGCUUUACGUGCCACUUGGUGGCGUCUUUGACGCACGUCCAUCGAACUACGCUGCCGAUUCAAAUUGUUUACGCCGGCGACGAAGACCUCUCCCAGGAGGACCGCAUUACAGUCAUGCGAGCUGCUGCCGGGGGCGAUAAUGGCCAUGUCGAGUUUUUGGAUAUUUUGACAGUCUUUAAUGAUACCACAUUGAAACUAGCGGAGGGUGGGUGGGCGAUUAAACCGUUUGCUGCGCUGGGUAGCCGGUUCGAGGAGGUUAUCUUGCUGGACGCCGACGUCGUCUUCCUGCAGUCUCCGGAACAGCUGUUGCAACAACGCGACUACCAGGAAAAGGGGGCACUCCUCUUCCACGACCGACUGCUCUGGAAGGACCAGUUUCCCGAGAGGCAUGAGUGGUUCCACGAGACGUUCAAACACCCGAGCGAGGAGUUGCAGAAGUCUCUAGUAUGGACCGAAAGAUAUGCUGAGGAAGAGGAUUCGGGUAUUGUUGUGCUCAACAAGGGUCGCUUAGACGUGUUAAUGGGUCUGUUACACAUUUGCUGGCAAAACAACUACGAGGUCCGCAACUCGUGGACGUACAGGAUCACCUACGGCGAUAAGGAGACGUGGUGGAUUGGGCUCGAGGCGACGGGCUCGACGUACUCGUUCUCGAGGCACUACGGCGGCAUGGUCGGCUGGCGGAAGCCGUUCGAAGGCGUGCAGACGGACAAGACGCAAGUGUGCAGCUUCGUCAUUGCGCAUGUAGACGAGGUAGACAACCUGCUGUGGUACAACGGCGGGCUGUUGAAGAACAAGAUGGAGGAUCCGACAGAGUUUGCGGUGCCGACGCACUGGAUGAUUGACCAGGAGUGGGUCAAGGGGGCGAGGAAGAAGGAUAUGAGCUGCAUGGUAGGGAAGCAUCCACGGGAGUUGUCGGAGCGCGAGACAAGGGUUUUGGAGCAGAGCAUUGAGGCUGCAAAGGACGUUGAUGAUAGACUCGGAUUGAUUUAG